AUGGCACUCAAACACGUCCUCAUCACAGGCUGCUCGGAGGGUGGGAUCGGGAGCGCCACGGCACUCGCGUUUCAGAAGCUGGGGACGUACCACGUCUUCCUUGACGUGACGUCCGCGGCGUCAAUCUCUGCCGCGGCGCAGAACGUGGCCGAGAAGACGGGCGGGGAGCUGGACGUGCUGCACAACAACGUGGGACAGCUGGUCAUGGCGCCGGCGUUGGGCACGGGCUUGGACGAGGCGAGGCGCGUGUUCGAGACCAAUUUCUGGGGUGUGAUGGGCGUUUUCCCGCAUGGUCAUUGCGACCAACGGCGUGGUGGCUACGACGGGGAGUAUUACGGGCGAUAUCAACAGCCCUUUCAGAGUUCCUACGCCGCAUCUAAAGCCUCCAUCAUGACAUACUCCGAGACCCUGCGCCUCGAGCUGGCCCCCUUUGGCGCGAGGGUGCUCACCAUGCCCACGGGCGUCGUGGGCUCCAAUCUCGGCUCCGGAUUUGCAGAGGCAGUCUCUCUUCCCACGGACUCGCUGUAUAAACCCGUCGAGGGGGCGUUGAAGGAGCGCGUAAAAGGCGGCGCGUAUGCGAAGAUGGACACGGACGCAUACGCGGAGAAGUUUGUCAUGUUGGCAGAGGGAGGGAAGAGCGGGAAGAUCUACCUGGGCAACUCGGCGGGUGUGGUGAAAUGGGCGAGGAUGGUGCUGCCCGCUGGCAUCGUGAAAGAUGCGGCAUUCGGGCACCGCGUCCAGUGCAUGCCACCUCCAGAGCUCCCCAACAAGUGGCCGCUGGGCAUCGACCGCAUCUGCGAACUCUGGACCUCCAACGCCGAAGGUCGUCUGUUGUCGUUCUUGUAUUCAAUCGCCAAAGACUAUGAGCCUCGCAACAUGCUCUCUCAAUACCUGCUCCUCGGCCCACGUGCUUUCCAUGUCCUCGAACCCCGGAACCUGGAGGCCAUUUUGUCGUCAAAUUUCAUCGAUUACGGCCUCGGAGUCCGUGGGGAGAUCUUCGCUCCUCUCCUCGGUCGGGGCAUCUUUACACAAGAAGGCGCCGCCUGGAAGCGUUCCCGCGAGCUUUUGCGAAAACAAUUUGUCCGAGCACAGUAUCAGAAUCUCAGCCACUUCGAAGAGCAUGUGGACAAUCUUUUAAGCCACUUGCCAGAUCACGGAGUGGUUGAUUUGCAACCUCUGUUCUUCAGCCUGACACUGGACACAGCUACGGCUCUGUUGAUGGGAAAGUCGGUCUACAGCUUGAGAGCAGAUAUCGAUCAGGACGCCGAAAACAGAGAAUUUUCUGAGAGCUUCAAUCUAGCUCAAGACGGACUUGCAAAGCGAUUCCGUAUCGCUCCGUGGCAUGCUCUGUACAACCCGCCGGCCUUUCGGCGGGCUUGUAAAACUGUCCACGCCUAUGUGGAUCGAUACAUCGAGAAAAGAGACCUCUUUCACAAGAAAAACCGCUCUGAUGGAGAAGCGUACAGUUUUAUUGACCAGAUAGCUCAAGAGUCAAACGGGACAACCGAGCUCAGGGACCAGUUAGUGAACAUUCUCCUCGCUGGUCGCGAUUCGACGGCUUGUUGUUUGUCGUGGACAUUACGUCUUCUUGUCCGUCACCCUCAAACGAUGGGCCGCCUCCGGUCAGAAAUCACCGCUGUCGUCGGGGACUGUGAACAUCCAACCAGAGAGCAGAUCCGGAAGAUGCCGUUCCUAUCGUGCAUCAUUAAGGAGAGUCUGCGCUUGUAUCCACCAGUGCCUCUCAACAACCGUCAAGCGAUCCAAACUACCAUCUUGCCAACGGGUGGUGGACCUGAGGGAAAACACCCCAUCCUGGUCAGAAAAGGUGAGCUUGUCGUGUUCUCGCAGUACGUGAGUUCCCGUAUGGAGAGCAUCUACGGGCCAGACGCAGAUGAGUUCCGUCCAGAAAGAUGGGAAGGGGACGAACUUCCAAAGAUUGGCUGGGCGUAUUACCCCUUUGGUGGAGGACCAAGACAGUGUCUGGGCGAAGACUUUGCACGGACGGAGGUCUCGUAUACGAUUGUAAGACUGCUCCAGGCAUGUUCGAGCUUUGAGUUGCCGGAUGGCGAAGUCAACGAACGUAUUGGCCAGGAGAAACAGAGGCUGACGCUCGUCCUGUCCAGCGUCGAUGGCUGUAGGGUCAAGUAUGUCCGGCGAUAG